CACACACACACACACACACACACACACACACACACACACACACACACACACACACACACACACACACACACACACAGACACACACACACACACACACACACUGGAUGUUCAAGGACACUCACCAUUGAGGUGUGUAUGUUGUGUAUUUUUGCUUUUGAGAGCUGGGAGCUGCACACCUGUAACUAUUAGUUACAGUCACUUUGUGACUGUAUCACUUAAUACUGUUACUGUUCUGGUAUAAACUAUUGCAAACUAAAAACAUUGGCCAGUACUACGCUAAACAUGAUGUUCACCGGAUGAGCCACCUUGUUAAAUUGAAGUUCAGUGAAGUGUUUGACAAUAAAUGGUUCGUCCAACACCUCAAAUAACCCCAGUAGACAAUACCAGAAUAUCGACUCCCGGGGCUAAAUUGUGAGGGGAAAGGUCAACAACUGAGGGUGCUCUCCCCCACUCAGGGAUAAAAACACGCGUGGUUUUCUGGCAGUUUCCCCGUGACCCGAAUAUCAAUAUUGUAGGCUAGACCAGGGAUUUCUGAGUGACAGUAGGCUACAGAUUGUAUAACUGACAACCUAACUUACUGGUUCCAUUAUCAUUGUUUACCACAACAACGAAACUGGACGCGAAUUAAAUUAGUCGACAUUGUAUAUUGUAGGUAGCGCCGAAAGCAGUGUACAUUUUAAAGAUUUAAAUAAGUGUGUGCGUGUGUGUGUGUGUGUGUGUGUGUGUGUGUGUGUGUGUGUGUGUGUGUGUGUGUGUGUGUGUGUGUGUGUGUGUGUGUGUGUGUGUGUUUGUGUGUGUGUGUGUGUGUGUGUGUGUUUGUGCGGGUGUGCAUUUGCGCGCGCGUGCGUGUUUGCGUGCGCGGGCACGCAAACUGUUUGUAACUGCUAAAUGUAUAAAUAAAAACAAGAUGCCAAACUCUGAAACCGACGUAACAGACAAAUAUAAUAUUACCCUAGUACAAUAUCUUUCAAGUACUUCAGAAUUCAACAGCAAAGAGUUUCACGAUCUAUUUCUGAAUGACCGUGUCAACAGAAGGUAGAUAUGUGUGGUUGAGGUUGUAAAGCAGAUUAUCACUCUGUCUGCCUUGCAGUGACAUUUUGGCUGACCGCAAUAUUCGGUUGACAAUGGUCCUAUUCGCCUCGGUCUCCCAUUGGCUGAGGGAGUGCUACGUGUACAAUAGUGAGCAGCAACAGAUGGUGGACGUGCGUUGUUCCUGAAAACCAGGAGGUUGUUUGGGAGGAACUGUCAAGAGAGGUCGGUGCCACUCAUCCUCGUCGUCUCUCAGGCCCGGUUGGACCUGGGUGAGCUCAUCACUGUCGCGGCGGACCAGGUCAGAGGCAGGGGAAUGAAGUCCAAAGGGAAGGCUGUGAAGUCGUCCAUGAGGCCGUGGUCCGACGCCAGCCCGGCCCCGGCACUGGAGGACCCGGAGGACACCGAGGUGGAGGAGGAGGAGGAGGCCGGCACGUCCAGCGAGCAGGAGGAGGGUGACUCCGAGGCCUCGGCGCCCGCCGGCGGCUCGUGGCGGGGCUCCCUGCGGAGCAAGGGCCGACGCAACGGGGCCGCCGGUGGCGAGGGACGGGGGGGCGGCGGGGGCCGCCGACGGCGCCAGCGGGGGGCGCCCUCCACGGAGCGCAACGUCCGCCGGCUGGAGAGCAACGAGCGGGAGCGGCAGCGCAUGCACAAGCUGAACAACGCCUUCCAGGCGCUGCGCGAGUCCAUCCCCCACAUCAAGACGGAGAAGAAGCUGUCCAAGAUCGAGACGCUGACGCUGGCCAAGAACUACAUCAAGUCGCUCACCACCAUCAUCCUGGGGAUGACCGGGGCCUGCCUGCCCGACGGACAGGCGCAGGCGGAGGAGGCCAAGCUGCUGCAGUGCUACCAGAAGCACCUGGAGGAGGAAGGGGAGGAGGGCCUCACCCAGUUCCUCACCCACACGCAUAGCUUCAGCCAGGGCAGCUAACACAGAGCUAACACAGAGCUAACGGCGCUAGCAGGGCUAGCCGAGGACCCGGGUGCCCCCCGGGCAGUGGGGAGUCAGUCCCUGUUUCGUUCAGAACCGCAGCCACAAAAGGGUCAUGGGUUCUGAGCAAAACGUUUGUAUGUGACAGGGGAUGCAUCCAGUUAUGAUCCGAGCCCCUGGUGGAUGAAAGAGGACAUCCGUGAGGGCUUGUACCCCGAUACUGUGAAUAAUAAACUGGGCGCUUUCGUUCUCAGGUGUCCUGGGGGAAUGGGUGUUUUUUGGAGAUAAAGGGUAAUCAUUCCUUCAGAUAUACCUUGAGACAUCAAACCUUCAUUUCCCUCUAUUUAUUAUACAUUAGAGACGAAUGCAAAGACAGAGAAACUUUUACAGAUAUUCGUACCAGUUGUAUCUAUUUUAUUGUGCUGAGUGCCUAACGCAUGGGACUGCUAUGGUUCUGUUCAUUGUUCUGUCCGUUUCUAAUGUGUUGUGGUUGAAGCAGAGACUGAGAGACGGCUGCUGUUCGGCUCAGUGACUUUCUCUCGUGUUAUCAGUGAGAACUACCUGCCAAUCGUAGCCUCAGGUGCCAACUGCCAGAGUCAACUGGGACAACAGGCAGUUCCCAGAGACAAAUAUUGCAAUGUUUAAAGUAGGUUGAAAAUCUAGUUUGAGAUAUUUACAUAUGAGAAUUUGUUACUUUGAAUUUAAAUAACUUUGGCCAAAUAGGUGUUUGGAUUUAGUGUAGUUAAAGUUGUCCUUCUUCAAAAACCUAGCAAGUCCAAUUUGAGGUGCCAAUUUUGAGUGGACAAUUACUUCUGUGAUGUUGAAAUUUUAUUCCCCCCCCCAAAAAAAAA